UGCGGUUGUCAUGGUAGGGCGUCAGGGGCUUCACAGGACUAAAACCUAAGGCGUGCACUGAUACAAACGGCGUUACUUUAUAGAGGCAUGGUGUCCCUUUUGGGGACGGAUAGUUACAGGACGGUGCGUACGUGCACGGUAACUGCAACAGUUUACUUCCAAAACCGUUGAGCGGUUUGUUCUUUUUAUAUUCAAAGACAGCUAAAGUUCAAGCUAGCUUAUUAGUCAUUUAAGCUAUGAAGCUAGCAAUAGCAGUAGUCUGGGAGAAGCUGGUGAGUGUUUUUAAUAUUUGGGUCAUGUUUUGUAGAAGCUAUGAAACGGACAGGUUUGUGCUCACAGAUUCCCAACGGUAGCGUUUAAAGUUCACCUGUUGAAUGUUGUUUUUCUUGCCAUGCUAGUAUUUUAUUUAGCUCUCGCUUUACCCGUACCAUUAUCUCUCAAGAGAGCUUGUUAAUGUUGUAAAACUCAAGCGUGUCCUUUGCGCUAUUAUUAUUGUGCGUUUAACAAAGUAUAUUAGGUGUAGUUGCAGAUGUCCCUCUUAAAUAUCGACGCCUUGUUCAGGCUCCUCGGCGACCAGUCUAACAACAACAUAGCACCUGUCCGCAGCACACGGCCUACUUAAAUCCAAUCAGUUUGUUUCAUAAAAGAGUAAGAACGAGAGUCCACUACUGCUGGACCGCUAAACUACAACACACUUUGUUAUUGUCUGUUUUCACAAAGCAAGCACAGAUUCGAAAUAAGUAAUUUUCUAUAUAUAUAUAUAUUUAUAUGUAUAUGCAAACAUACGUAUGUGCCAUGUGGAGUGUCAUCAUGUGGUGUCAGACCCAUAAUGCUUCCAUAUCAUGAGGAGAAAAUGACACUAUGAAGAGAGCAGAGGUGAUAUUGAUGUGAUCUAUGGGUUCACAUUCUCAAAGGGACAGCAUGGAAAAUGAAAAAACCCCUGACCUACGUGAAGACAACCUGGACUCAAGUCGCCAUUCCCUGAGGAGUACAAAGAAAGAUUCUCGAGCAUCCUCUGUACAGAAGCACAAAAAAAACAAGAUCCAGGGGAAAGAAGGCCGUGUUGAGAGCAGAUCGAAAACACAAACGCGGUGUUCAGAUUCGGAUCGCGACCGGAUAUCAGAUGGAGAGGGACGGAGAAGUGAUGGUUCAUUUUACUCUGAAGACUAUGAGCAAGCAACACCUUCUGAACGCUCACUUUCCUCAUUCUCCCGGUCUCGGACCCCAUCUCUCACCCCACAACGAGGGGUGCGGACAAAGCGGGCCUCCAGAAGCUUUCUCCACAAAACCGGUGGUGCGGGCCGCUGGGGUGCGUCUCACUCACAGCGACUAGGCAACCUGUCUUUGACCCAGCAGCAUCGCAGAGGUGUGCGGUCACAAAGCAAAGAGUCCACCCCGCCUAAAGACCUGGACCUGGUUACCAAGCGUAUGCUGUCUGCACGCCUCCUAAAGAUCAAUGAGUUGCGCAAUGCGCUUUCUGAACUGCAAUAUCGCAACCGGGAAAUACAAAGGGAAAAUCAAAUUCUCAGACAACUUCAGGUGCGUCAAGAGAAAGCCCUGCAGCGUUACGAUGACACGGAGAGCGAGAUUUCCCAGCUACUCUCACGGCACUCGAAUGAGACCCAUGUGCUGCGCGAGAGGCUCAGGCGCUCACAAGAGCAAGAGCGGGCCGCUGAGCGGCGAUUCAAAGACAGCGAGGAGCAACUACAAAAGAGCCGGCUGACCAUUACACGUCUGAAGAAGCUGGUCAACCAGCGAGAAUUGGGCACCAGAGAUGAGCUAAACCGUAGCUUAGAGGAAGAGAAAACACGAGCCCAGGAUGCCGAGCGUAAAAUUAAGGAACUGGAGCGGAGCGUGGAGCUGACCAGCAGCAGUUAUCAGCGACAGUUGGUUGCAGAGAAGAAGAAGACCAUCAGUGCCCAGGAAGAGAUUAGGGCUCUGCAGGAGGAGCUGGACCGGCUGACCAGCAGGCUCAAGGAAAAAGAAAGGGAACUUGAUGUGAGAAAUAUAUAUGCCAACCGCAUAGUAAAACCAUCAUUAAGAAAAGAGACUGAAAAUGGCACAAACACAAAACGGAAAGUCACCAGCAGGAACAGCACAAAGGCCGUACAGACUGAGGACAGAGCGGUCAGUCUGGACUUCCCCACGCCGCCCCCUGCCAUCAGCGACGCUGACGGAGACAGCGAACAGGCUCCUGAUGAAUACUUAUCUCUUAAGGAACUUGAUAAAAUGGACAGACCUGGAGAGCCAGAGAAUGACUCUGAAAAACAGAAGCGGGAGAAAGAAAAAGCAGGGGAGAAGGAGUUGGUGAAGGAGAGAGAGCUGGAGAUGGUGCAGAAACAUAGCAAGGAGCCAGAUGUGUUAGAAAGGAAGGCAAAUCGAUUCAGAGAUGGCAGGGAGAUGGAAAAGGAUGAAGAGGAAGAAAGAAAGAGGACAAGUUCCCUCUUCAGUCAGAAGGAGGAAGAGACCUACUGGAAGCAUAGUCAUGUCCAGGAGGAGGUCCCCAGGUGGAACCAGGAACUUCAGUCCCAUCAGCAAGCAGCAGAGGAAGCACGUCGCAAGAAAGAGCAGCUGCUGGCUAAGAUGCGUGAAAUAGACCGUCAAAACCAGGGAGCGCAGGACUCCAUGUUUAUUGACCCAAGCCCCUCUGAGCCCAAUAAGAGUACCAGUAAUCAUUUUUCUCCACAUCCGCCAGAGCAGAGAAAGAAUUCUUCCAUUUUCAGCCUCACAGAAUCAGCUGAGACGAGUACUUUGCCCGCUGGAAGCGGAGAGAAUGGAAGGAGGAGGUCAGGCACAGAGAGUGGAGCUAUCACAGCAGGAAUGGGUAGAAGAAAUCUGCGUUCCCAAACCUCCAGCGAGGAUUUGGCGUUUGGAGGCUAUGCACCUUCAUUUGGGCACUCGGUUUUUCGAGCGUCCUCUGGCUUCCCUCCACCUCCGCCCAAAGAGGACAGGGACUCCCCAUUAGAGGCCAUAGGAAUUUUUAAUUUCAGAGGUGUGGCUGCAGAUAAGGACAAGGAAGAAAAACAAACGGACAAGAAGGACAAGAAGUCAAACCUCUUACAGCAACUAUUUGGUCCCCAGGCCAUACUUGCUGGGGACAAUAUGAGUGUUUCCAAUAAAACGGAAGUACUUGGUCGUCCACCGACCCCCAAUGGAGUGCGCUCGAGACGGGAAGGACUGCUUAGCUUCAGCUCAGGGUCUUCAACUCCUCCAGCCUCCGCUGUUAACACCUUACAGGUUGCAGACAGCAGGCCUGCCGUCAGGGCCAUCACCUCAUUUGAUGAUGACAUAGAAGAGCUCGCACUAUAAAACCAACCUGGCUCUGCAUAUCUGAGCCUCAUGCAGGAUAUCACACUAGUUGAAUUAUUAAAAACGUGGCAUUGUCCUUGUACACUUGAGCACUUUGAAGUGUUUUGUAAACUUUGUCGUUACUGUUCUUUGUGAGUUGUAAAUCUAUGUUUUUGUUUUUAAGGCUCUUUGUUUGGAAGUAAUGAUCUUAAGUCUUUUUAAGGUUUAGGUUUUUAAGAGAAAAUGCCACAAAAAUACAAAGAGGUUAGACAAUCAGUGUGUGUUGAGUGCUGGAGUAAUGUAUAUUAUUUUGUAAAAUGGGUUUUAUAUUUUACAGCACAUUCAGGUUCCUGUGUCAAAGCAAAUGUCCCCAUUCUAUGGACCUCUUCUGCACUGUUUCCAGCUGGUAGCACCAUGAUCGCAAUGACAAUCUGCACUACAAACCCUCAGUUUCACUUUUAUACCUAUACCUAUUUAUUCUUACUAAUGUUUUCCUGUUUGUCUUUAUCUACAUAUUAUGAUGAGAUACUGUACAGCACUCUCAGGAAAGUGUAACUUUUUUUUCCUGCACAUUUUUAGAUGUAUAACUCGUUCCAAACGCUUUGAGUGAUUUCAACAAGUUAUUUAUGAAAACGUUCACCUUGUUCAGGACAAUUUUGCAAUGUCUUUUGGUGUAUAUAUCUUAAACUUUUUUCCAAUAUUGAACUUUUUGAGAGUUUUUGUUUUGUUUUUUGUAUUUAGCCAUCUUGAAAUGAAUGGAGAAUCUUUCAAAUCUUUCAAAAACUUUGACCCCUUUCAGUGUCAAACUACUUUGGCAUAUUUUCAGCUAGAAACAUCAUUCAACUCUUAAACAGGUCUGAAGACAUUCAAUUAUCAACUACCUGAGCUCCUGCUUUUAAAUAUGACAGUUUCAAUUGCAUUCCUAUGGGGAGAGGUUCAUGAUGUGACACACCUAAUACUUCAGCAAAUUUCAGAAUUGUGAGGAUGUUGUACAGCACACACGCAUAAACAGAAAUCCCCUUCCGGUAUUUAAUUAUUCUGUCUGUUUUUCAAAGUGUAAGUCCUUCAACUGAUUUCGACCAUCAGACACACACACACACACACACACACAGGACCAUGGAACGCUGACAUGUCUCAGCUCUUCUCCACAUUAGUCUGUGUUUAAGGCUUAGGUGGUGGUAGGACCCCUAUGUGUCGGUAUGUUUUUUUUUUUGUGAAUUUUGUUCUAUUAAAAUCA